AAUACGCCCAAAGACAUUUCAUUUGCCGCCAGUCGACUCAGAGGGAGCACCUCGAAUCAAGCGCGAGGGUUUUUUAAUUCGAAAGCACCAACGCUAGAAGCUCUUAAAAGAAACUGGCACCAUGGAAAUGUCCCCUUACCCGCCGGUCCAGCGGCGCGUGCUCAUGGCCGCCGCUCAGCCUGCGCGCGCGCACGCACCUGACGACCUAAUACUGCAAGGGUAGCUGGAGUGGUCCUCCUUGAAGGAAACAUAGAUAUUCAGUGUGAGGAGACUUUGGAUUCAAUCCACGCCCUUCCCCCCGUCACCCCUUCUUCAUCCUCCUCUCCUCUUCCCUCUGACUGGCACGGAGAAGAGUCCAAGAGACCCAGCGAGGGAACGUGGGAAAGAGGAAGACGAUGUACCAAAUACUGCUCCUUUCCUCCUCCCUCUUCAUCCUUCAUGUGAUGGCCACUCCCCAGUUCUUCGCUCACCACGGGAGAAGGGUGUGCGGCAGAGACCUCCGUCACAGUGUUGUCACUACGACAGAGUCGUUCGUCCAGCCAGUGCACAAGCCCUACCUCACCCUGUGUCAGGGGCAUCGCCUCUGCAGCACAUACAAGACUACGUACUUGGUGGCAUACCGACAGGUGAACAGAGCAGCUUCUCCUUUGCAUUUCUACCCAGAUUGCUGCCCAGGCUGGAGGAGAUUUUACUCUCACAACUGCAACCAAGCUGUGUGCGGACAACCCUGUUUGAAUGGCGGUACCUGUUUAAGACCCAACCAGUGUGCUUGUCCGUUAGGCUGGACGGGACACCAGUGCCAAAGAGAUGUGGAUGAGUGCAGUGAGCAGCAGCGGUGCGCCCAGCAGUGCGUGAACACAGCUGGCAGCUAUCGAUGUACAUGCAGAGAGGGCUUCGCCCUUGCUGGAGACGGCCGUUCCUGUCAAAGCCUUCCUCCUCCAUCUCCUCCUCCUGCCACUCCUACCUCCUCAUCACAGAGCAGCCAGGCAACAGUGGGUGUGGGUCAUCACACUGAUGCAGAUGCAAAGUUUGGCUUGGUGGAGAAUGUGACAGAGGAGGUACAGAGCCUGAGGAACCGAGUUGAGCUCCUGGAAAAGAAGCUGCAGCUGGUGCUGACGCCCUUCAGCAGCUUCUUCCCUCUGUCGUUGGAUGAGGGCCUGUCGGAGAAAACCACCUUGCUAUCCCACUCUUUCCAGCAGCUAGAUCGCAUCGACUCCCUCAGCGAGCAGAUCGGCUUUCUGGAGGAGCGCCUUGGGACAUGUUCAUGUCAGGAGAAUUAGCCUCUGAACACGGCCACCAUUGUUCCAGUAAAGUUACCGUCUACGCAAACCUGCCAGACUGGACGUGCCAAGACUGCUGGCAUUUGCAGCAAAGAGAUGGCAGACAUCAGAAAGCGCCUCGGUCCUCGUUAUGCCGUGAUGUAAUCGCCUCGGAAAUCAUUUGAGAUUUUUACUAUUCCUGACAGGUUCAUUUACUUUUCUCAUUGAAUCACUGUCACGUUGUUGAUUUUCUAACAGUACCUGUGGUGGGGGGCAGUUUCACUAUUACAUCACCCCAGGAACAUCUAAAUUAAACUCCCCUGUUAGGGUCAGAGGUCAAACUUGCCACUUAGUUUGUUUUUCACCAGUGCAGCUUUGUCCCAAAGUGACCUGGGGCAUCUGUAUUUAUGUAUUUAAAUUAUGAUUACUUGUAGGUCUGUCUCAGUGCUCCAAUAGACAUUUGUAACUAGUUUUGUAACAUUUUGUAAUAAAACUUCCUAAUCAAAAA